AUGGCAUCGCAUCAUACGCAGCAAAAGUUCGAUGCACAGUCAGUAAAGGGUAUCGAAGAACGUUUUCCACAAAUUGUGGGAUGGAUGGUAGAGUUUCUCACUUUCCAAAAACUACAUAACAUCCUUACAACCAACCGUGGAAAAGACAAAAUAAACAUAGGGCUUAUCAGAGGUCCCGAUCAUGUCACCGUAGAUGGCGGAUUCAUCAUUGAUCCACCACUAGACUUUCCCUAUGAUGAUUCGACAUCAGCGUUACGUUGGGCCGAGAAACGUGCAGAACAUCCCGGAUUAGAGUCGCUCCAGAUAUAUCGAUUUGAUGCAAAGAUGGGCACUGGUUCCCCAAAGCCCGGCCAAUGGGCUCCAUUCUUCAUAGUAACAGUCCCCCAAUUUCCAAGCUAUCUCUGUAUCGUACCGAUACGCUGCUGGGUCAACCUGCACAACGUCAACAGGCGACGUAUCAGGGCUGGCCUGAAUCAUCUAGGACCUUCUUUGCGUACCAAUCAGGAGAUUGUGUUCAGUGAUCUUUUGGCACCCUUCGCAGUACAUGAAAGCGAGCUAUACAACGCGCUUACCCGUAUUGUGCAUGCUUCACGUAACAGGACGACUUACAUCAACCCAACUAACGAAGUUGAAUUUCACGGCUGGUGUAUACCCAAACCAGACACGACAACGCACAACCUCCUUGAAGUUCGUGAGAGGUCACAGCAUACAUCAAGAGUUGCUAUUAAUCGCCUGUUAGAGUUUGUGGAAAAAGCAUCCGACAUGUCUAUCGCAUUCAAUCCUGUGGGACCGCUGGUGUGUGACAUGUUUCUUAUCGACCAUUUGGAAAACAAAUGUUACAACGUAGAGCACAAACAUCUUGUACGAAAGCGAAGAGAUGACAUGGAAUUCGACCCGGGAUGGAACAAUGCCAAACUCAACUGGCACUUUCUCUUUCACCAAUGCGGAGACGAGUUAACCAUCUACACUCGACUUGAUGAAAACAAUUAUGAUUCGAACGUUGCCAACUCUCACACGAUCAACAUGGCGGCGCCUGGUAGCGAUUUGCAAUUCAUCAACACUAUCAGAGCCAACGGUAGUGUGGCAAAGUCUAGGCUUCGUGAAAAGUGGAGGGAUGCUGCCCACUACGAUGCCACGAUCGCAACGAACAGCAUGUACGGCGAAGAUGCUGGAGGUUCUGAUGACUCUAUCGCUAGCUACCACGCACACCAGAUGGAAGUAGCUCAGGCUGGUCUCUUGUUUCGCGACAAGAUCAAUGAGCAAUGUUGCAAACUACGUUACCACGCCUGUAUCCUUCUUCACAACCAUCCGUGCGCCAACGCAGUAAUAGUCGAACACGCCUGGCUCCCUGAUGAAGAAGAGAUGUACAGAACUAGUGGCAUACUCCCAGUAUCAUUGGUAAUCAACACUGGGACUAAGAGGUGUAUUGCCGUGAGAUUUCUCCCUCAUCGUGCGCCCGCGGAGUCAAUAUCAGCUGAUGAGAUGUCAAUGUCACGACUCUUUGAGCCUGCUAUGAAUACCAGCUGGGAUGUUCCUGCUUGCACAACCCAAGACUUCGUCUAUGUCGCAACAACCGGCCACAUUCCCGUUUUGGGCCAGAUAUCUUCAGCUUGCUUAGACACAGCUAUUCUUCUUCCCUCUACCGAAACAACUAUCCUGCCUGAUUCAAGAACUUGUGAGAAGUGCGAUGGGAGGCAUCUACCAAGAGAAUGGACAUAUGUUCAGCCCAGAGUCCUCGGUUCAGAUGUCCAACGAAGCCAGCAGUGGUCAUUGCUCGACUACCCCUUCCUGAAGGAUAGCGCGGAGCCUCUAAACAAGGUUUACAACUUUGAUGACGGUUCAGUACACCAAUACUUUUGCGAAACCUUUACGCAAAAUGACAGAAGGUUGAUUACUACUCUUCGUGGACCAAAGGGUCUUCUACAACGGCAAUGGAAUCAUGGAGACCUAAGACUAGCACACGACUUAUCCCUCCAUCCUACGUACCAGUGA